AUGACUUGGCAAGAGUUUAAGGGGCCCUUCAUGAGAUAUCACUGUCCUCAGUCGGCUAUCGACAAGAUUCAGGAGGAUUUCUUACGCCUUAGACAGAAAAAUGAGUCAGUAAACGAAAUAUCAAACGCUUUCAUGGAUAAAAUGAAGUUCUGUGGGGAUUUGGUAACAACCGAAAGAAUGAAAAUAAAUCGUUUCUAUGGCGUGUUAAAGGCAGAAAUUAGAGAGUUCAUCACUCCCUCAAAAUGUGAAACCCUCGAUGAGCUCAUUAAUUUAGCACGGGAUAGAGAGAUUGAAAUUAAAAGGCAAGAAGAGCAAGGUGAAAAGAGACCAAGUGAAAGGAGUGCGAGUUUUAGUCCAUCUAAAAAGGGGAAGUUUCAGGAUCAAGGAAAGAAGGGUAAGCCGAAAGGUGGAAUUACUCCAUGCAAGACUUGUGGGAAGCUCCAUACCGGAGAGUGUUUGUUAGGCAAAAAGGGGUGCUACAAAUGCGGUAAGGAGGGGCACUCGUCUUAUCAAUGCCCGAACAACCCGAAGACUUGUUUCAAUUGUUUUGAAAGGGGGCAUAUCAAAUCGGAAUGCCCGAAGCUUCAGCAAGAGACAAAGAAAGAAGAUAAGAAGCAAGAGGGUUCUAAGGCGAAGGGGAGAAUGUUUCAAAUCACAUCUGAAGAAGCUAAAUCCCAGCCGAAUGUGGUCUCAGGUAUCUUUCUAAUAGACUCCAUACCGGUUUAUGUUUUGUUUGAUACCGGAGCCACUAUGUCGUUAAUCUCUAGUGAAAUCGUACAAUAUCCUUCCUUUAAGAUUGAACGAAUGUCGAUGCCCUUAGAAGUAGAAAUAGCAGAUAGUAAAAAUUACUUGUUGCACGAAAUAUGUAAGAAUUGUAAAUUAACCAUUGAGGAUGAGGAGUUUGCUAUUGAUCUCAUACCUAUGAUCUUGGGGGAGUUUAAAGUAAUAGUGGGCAUGGAUUGGAUGUCUCAAAACCAUGCGGAGAUAAAUUGUGAAACCAAAACUAUACUUCUCCAAACUCCAAGUGGAAGGCGAUUAAAUAUACAAGGCGAAAGAAAGAUGGAAGCGAAGUUAUGUACUCUCAUUCAAGCUAUUAAGUAUGUGCUUAAUGGGAGUAGGGCAUAUUUAGCUUACGUGGUAAAUACUCAACAAGGCUUCCCGAAGCUUGAAGAUGUUGAAAUUGUGAACGAAUUUCCAGAUGUAUUUCCGGAGGAAUUGUCGGGACUCCCUCCCGAGCGAGAAGUAGAAUUUCUUAUUGAAUUGAAUCCGAGUGCGAAAAUGGUGGCGAAGGCUCCCUAUAGGUUGCCUCCCACUGAGAUGCGGGAAUUAAUGACACAAUUACAAGAUCUUCUAGAUAAGGGCUUCAUACGCCCAAUCUAUUCGCGAAGCAAAGCUGAGCAUGCAAUGCACUUGCGUGACGUACUCGAAGUUCUCCGCAAGGAGAAACUCUACGCGAAAUUUUCAAAAUGCGCCUUUUGGCUCAGAGAAGUGCAGUUUCUAGGGCAUGUAAUCAACUCGGAGGGCGUCUUGGUAGAUCCGUCAAAAAUUGAUGCCAUAAUGAAGUGGGUUUCUCCAAAGAACCCGACUGAAAUAAGAAGUUUUCUGGGCCUCGCGGGAUACUAUAGACGUUUCAUACAGGAUUUUUCAAAUAUAGCCUUACCAUUAACAAAACUGACGAGGAAGAAAGAGAAGUUUGUGUGGGGUAAAGAACAGGACGAGGCCUUUCAAUUAUUAAAGGAGAAACUAUCACGUCCCCCGGUCUUGACAUUACCGAAUGGGACUGAAGACCUGGUGGUCUAUUCUGACGCUUCACAUCAGGGCUUAGGCUGCGUUUUAAUGCAAAGGGGAAGGGUUAUCGCUGAUGCUUCACGACAAUUGAAGCCGCAUGAAGUGAACUACCCAACCCACGAUCUAGAAUUAGCAGCGAAAGACCUAAAUAUGAGGCAACGGAGAUGGUUGGAACUUAUCAAAGAUUAUGAUUGUGAUAUCCUAUAUCACCCGGGAAAAGCAAAUGUGGUAGCCGAUGCGUUAAGCCGAAAAGGGUAUCCGUCUCCCCUUCGGGUAAAAUCCAUGAAGAUGAUAGUCAUGCCACGAUUACUCGAGACGAUACGUGAAUCUCAAAUAAAGUCACUCGGAGCGGAAGACGUGAAGAGAGAACGAUUAAAAGGUGUAAUCGAUAAACUAGAAGAAAAUUCGACCGGACUUAAGACGCGAUUCGGCCGAAUUUGGAUACCACGAUUCUGCGAAGUCAAGGCCGCUCUACUCAACGAGGCACAUAAAUCACGAUAUUUGGUCCACCCCGGGGCUACAAAGAUGUAUCGGGACUUGAAAACCGAUUAUUGGUGGCCGGGCAUGAAGCGUGAUAUAGUUAAAUACGUCGCGAAAUGCUUAACAUGCUCCCAAGUGAAAGCAGAACAUCAAAAGCCAUACGGGAAAUUACAACCCUUGGAGAUACCGACCGACUUACAAAAAGCGCCCACUUCCUGCCCAUCAAAGAAACUUACUCUUCCGAGAGAUUAG